CGGUUUGUGAAUUCCAAAAGAGCGCAGCGACCGGCCAUAUCUCGAACCGCGGCUGCCCCGCUCGAGACCUAGCGCACGUAUAGAAAGGACGUCAUGAUCGCCAUCGCGUCGGCCGUGGCCAUCGCGCCCCGCGUCUGGGCCUCCGUCGGCUCGAACGGUCGCGUCGCGCGCGCGAUCCAAACGCGUGCCCCUCAGAAAAUUACGAUCGGGGCGACCGAGAGGAGGACAUCGGUCGUCGCGGCGUCGGGCAAGGGCUUCUUCUCCGAGCCCACGAACGACGGCGCGACCAUGUUCCGCUUCUAUGAUGAGAACGAUGCGGCGGCCAAGGCUGCCGCGAAGGCUGCGCAUGAGGCCGCGACGGGGAAGAAGGACGAGCCCGAGCCCGAGCCCGAGAAGCCCAAGGCUGCCGAGGCUGCCAAGCCCAAGGCUGUCGAGGCAUCCAAGCCCGCGGCGAAGAAGGAGGACAAGCCCGCGGCGAAGAAGGAGGACAAGAAGGCCACCGGCGCCGAGGACGAUGCGCUGACGAGCGCGAUGAACGACUGGAUCGCGGCGCUCCCAGAGAAAGCCCGCGAGAAGCUCGUGGGCGACCUGUCCAAAUGCGAGACUGAGGAGGAGGAGUGGACGGUGCUGGUGGCGAGCGCCAAGGCGGACACCACCAAAGUCCGGGAGAAACAGAAGGAGGUGCUCAUCGCCGAGGCUGCGAAGAAGGGUUUCAAGUGAGGGGCGAGGACACGAGUGCCUUCGCGCGUGUCCCAUCAUGUAUCUCAUCAGUGUCUAACCGUGUGUCAUAUUAAGGGUUAAAAUCAACCUCC